AAAGAGAAGCGCGCAUGCGCAUAAGAGGCUGAGGCCUGCCUGGCUGGCGGCCGGGGCUAAAGUGAGAGUCUCUCCUGCUUGUUUUCCUCUUCUCUCGGUGUCUCUCCAUUCAAGCCCCGUCGGGAUCGAGGCCGCUCUUAAAGGGACCAGGAUGAGGGGCAAGAGGAGUCCUUUGCCCCAACGGCGUUAGCAGCCAAAGACGUGGAGACAUGUCAUACCGAGGCAACGAACGCGAUUUCCAGACCUCUGCACGGAAAAUGGGGACCUCCCUGCUUUUCCAGCUGUCGGUCCACGAGAGAGAGCUGGAUCUGGUCUUCCUGGAUCACAGCUAUGCCAAGCCCUGGAGUGCCCACCCAGAUGCCAGCAAUGCCCGCCCUACCCGCCUGCUCUUUGUGACACCUAAGAGGCACCAAGACAGCGGCACCAUUGAGGCUGAUGUCCCUAUUGAUGUGGAAACGGUGACCCCUACGCCAGUUCCACUGUACGACAACCAGAAGGCCCGGACGGUGAUGAACGAGUGUGAACGACACGUGAUCUUUGCUCGCACUGAUACGGACACCCCGCCUCCCCCAGAUGACUGGGAGGAACAUAUGAACAGAUCUGGCUGGACAGUGGCUCAGAACAAGCUCUUCAAUAAAAUCCUCAAGGCUUUGCAGUCGGACAGACUGGCCCGGCUAGCUAACGAAGGGGCUUGCAAUGAACCAGUCCUCAGAAGGAUCGCAGUGGACAAAUGUGCCCGACGAGUCCGUCAGGCUUUGGCCAGCAUCAGUUGGGACAGCAAACUCAUCCAGUGGCUGCAUUCGACUCUGGUGGAGACCCUCAGUUUGCCCAUGCUGGCUGCAUACCUGGAUGCCCUGCAGACUCUGAAGGGGAAGAUUCCCACCCUGAUCGACCGGAUGUUGUUGUCUUCCACUGCAAAGACAGGGGCUGCUGGGGCUGAGGCCUUGUCUCUCUUGCUCAAGAGGCCCUGGGAUCCUGCUGUGGGCGUCCUUUCGCAUAACAAACCAGGCAAGCUGCCUGGCUCCCCACUUAUCCUCCUGGCGGCCUCCGGACCAUCCAACUCCAUGUUCCCCACUUCACGUCGGCAUCGGUUUUGGCAGUCGCAACUCUCUUGCUUGGGAAAGGUGAUCCCCGUUGCCACCCAUUUAGUGAACAACGGCAGCGGAGUUGGAGUCUUGCAGUGCCUGGAGCACAUGAUUGGUGCCUUGAGAGGCAAAGUCCUAGAGAUCCACAACCAUUUCUCCCACAAGCCCAUUAUCCUCAUUGGCUGGAAUACAGGAGCCCUGGUGGCCUGUCACGUUUCGGUGAUGGAGGACGUCACUGCUGUUGUGUGUCUCGGGUUCCCUCUCUUAACAGUGGAUGGACCAAGAGGGGAUGUUGACGACCCUCUUCUGGACAUGAAGACUCCGGUUCUCUUUGUGAUUGGCCAGAACUCCCUCCAGUGCAACAGCGAAGCCAUGGAGGAUUUCCGGGAAAAGCUUCGGGCGGAAAACAGCCUGGUGGUGGUUGGAGGAGCCGAUGAUAACCUUAGGAUAAGCAAAGCCAAAAAGAAGGCAGAAGGCCUGACCCAGAGCAUGGUGGACAGGUGCAUACAGGAUGAAAUUGCCGACUUCUUGACUGGAGUGCUGACCCGGGCAGAUGGCCAUUCGGGCUCCGAUCCCCGCGACCUUGAUGCAGAGAAGAAGAAGAAGACCAUGCGGGAUGCAGCUCGAAGGGACCUGUCUUUCGACAUGGCCGAGAGGAGCAGCCGACCCGCCUCCCCAGCCACCAAAGUCCCCGCUUCGCCCUCAGGCUCCGAGGACUUCUCCAGUGUGUCCAGCAGCCCAACGUCCAGCCCCAAGGCUAAAAUGGCUGCUGUGUCGUCCUGCGUUCAGAAGUCCAGCCAGCUUGGUGCUGCCCAGCUGCUGAAGAGGCCUGUGCAGCGGAUGGAGGCAAUGCUCCCGCAGAAGCAGACCCAAGAGCCAUCACAGCAGCAAUCGCUUCUUCAGCCAUCGCCAGAUACCGGGGAGAAAGAGGAGCUGCCGCCUGCGCUGAAAAGGCCCCCUCCGCCCAGCCCUCCUCAUGGGGCCAAGCCCCCCAAGCGAGCCAAGAUCAAGGUGACCAUCGUCUCCCAUGGGGAAAGUGCCGGCGCAGGGAGCAAUGGGGCCCCGCCAGAUGGAGCGCCGGAAACGGCUGCAGGAAAGCCCCUCGCUGUGACUCUGGGGCCAACUGUGGCUGGAGCGAAAGAGGCAACGGGACUCCUGGCUGCUUCCAAAGCGACCUCUUCGGCGGAGAGCCUCUCCCUCGGCCCAGGCCCUACAGCCACCCUCCCCAGCAGCGCAGCCCCCAGUGCCUUCCAUGCCCUGCAGAGCAGGCUGGUGGCUGGCGCUACUCAUGGUCUCCCAGCCCAAAGCAGCAACAGCACCCUCCAAGGGGCAGCCUCUGCCAGCAGCCUCCUCCAAGGCUUGAGCUUCAGCCUCCAGGAUAUCCGCACCAAACCGACCUCUGCAGCCGUCGCCAGCGUUGCCUCAGCGGCAGGCCCUCUGGGACAGACCCCUGGCCUGAAGGCCUCCACUCCGCUCCAGGGCCUUGGCUCCAUAGCCACCAGCACUGCCGGCACCAUUGUCCGCACCAUCCCUGUGGCCACUUCCCUCGGGGCCUCAGCCGGCGGGAAGCCCACCACCAUCCAUCAGCUCCUGGCCAACGGAGGGCUGGCCAAAUUGGCAAGCAGCCUCCCUGGAUUGGCUCACAUCUCAGGCCAGGGCUCAGGCCUCAAAGCCCCCACCACCAUCACGGUGACCCUUCGGGGCCAGGCCAGCCGCCUCUCCACCCUCAGCCAGGCGGCUAUCGGAACGGCACAGACUCUGUCGGAAGAGCAGUCCCCACAGCCGCUCUUGCUGCCCGCUGCACAGGUUGCUGAUAGUUUACCUGGGAACUUGACCAGCCCCGCGUCUGGCUCUGCUGCUGCUCCUGGAAAACUUUUGUCCCAGAUGGACCUUGGCAAGGCCCCUUCUGCUCCAGAGGCCCCUUCUGCAGACACUGUCUCCCAGGCCACCUUGCAAGCCACAGUGACCACCUCGAGCCCCAUGAAGACCCUCUAUGUGAUGUCGGAUGCCAAGCUGUCUGCGCUGACCAAGUCAGUCAUGGCUGAAGCGGCUUCCAGCCCCCUGAAAUCUGCAGCUCUUCAGACCCCCUCCUCUUCUUCCCCGUCCGUGACUUUUGCCCCUUCAACAGUAGCCAGUGCGUCCGGCAACUUGGGCCCCGUCCUGCAGACCACCUCCAAGACAGUGUUCCUGACCUCUGCGCUGGCAGCCAUGAAGGGGGGCAGGGGGGAAAAAGCCGCACCAGCCAAAGGUCACCACUCCCAUGUGCUGGGGCCGACAGAAGCCCUGGGCAGGGUGCCCUCCGUGGUGGACGACGGGACCAGCACCAUCCUGCACACCCGGGAGGGCCUCCCCAGUAGACACUUGCUCCCUGCCGCCGGAGCCACCCUCAUCACGCUGGGCAGCGGCCUGGGCAGUUCCUCCAUAAUUGCCACUGCUGGGCCGGCCCUCGGCCACAAACCAUAGCAGCGGCAGCACUACACAUCCUAACCCGCUCCCCCAAUAUGAAGGCGUCCAAGUCAUUUCCUUUGUGGAAGCGAGGCCAGGCUCCAGGGCAAAGAAUGAUGUCCUCACUCCUGCUCCCCCCCCUCUUAUGAUGGAUGCAUCAACUUGUUUUGUUUGUACCCAUUUAAUAAACUUAUCUUUUGUUUGUGUA